GCACCUCCCAGCAGAAGGCAUAAAUAGAUUGCUCUAAGGCAGUUCCUCAGCAGAAAGAUACCGCAAAUUGUACAGAGCAAAAUAUUACAGAAACAGUUAAGAUAUUCUGUUGCGUGGGAAGCAAAUACACGACAUCUGAGAAAUCUUCAACGACUUCAUUAAGAAGGGGGCAGUGGGUCUGCGGUGUCUUGACAUUCAGAGGCAUUUGCCAAGGACCAUGGAGAGCAAAAAGAAAAUUACUUGUCCCCUUCUCUGUGCCGUUUCCGUUGCGGCCAUUGGAUCGCUCCAGUUUGGGUACAACACGGGUGUCAUCAAUGCACCUGAGAAGAUUAUUCAGGCAUUCUUCAAUCAAACAUUGGCGGUCCGGAGAGGAACCCCAACCUCCUCCGAGCUUCUGACCUCACUGUGGUCCCUCUCUGUCGCCAUCUUCUCCGUGGGAGGGAUGAUCGGCUCCUUCUCUGUUGGACUUUUUGUCAACCGAUUUGGAAGGCGGAACUCCAUGCUACUGGUGAACAUCCUGGCCUUCGUAGGUGGCAUCCUGAUGGGCUUCUCCAAGUUGGCAAAUUCAGUAGAGAUGCUGAUACUUGGGCGCUUUAUCAUUGGCCUCUUUUGUGGCCUCUGCACUGGCUUUGUGCCCAUGUACAUUAGCGAGAUCUCACCCACUGCCCUGCGUGGCGCCUUUGGCACCCUCAACCAGUUGGGAAUCGUUGUGGGCAUCUUGGUGGCACAGAUUUUCGGCUUGAAGGAGAUCAUGGGGAGUGAGAGCCUCUGGCCACUGCUUUUGGGGUUCACUGUCAUCCCAGCCAUCCUACAGUGUGCUGCUCUGCCCUUCUGCCCUGAGAGUCCCCGUUUCCUGCUGAUCAACAAGCUGGAGGAAGAGAAAGCGCAAGCAGUUCUCCAGAAGCUCCGUGGUACACAGGAUGUGGCCCAAGACAUCCAAGAGAUGAAAGAGGAGAGCACCAAGAUGUCCCAGGAGAAGAAAGCAACAGUGCCGGAGCUCUUCCGCUCACCUAAUUACCGCCAGGCCAUCAUCAUUGCCAUCGUACUCCAGCUCUCUCAGCAGCUCUCAGGCAUCAAUGCCGUGUUUUAUUACUCAACGGGGAUUUUCGAAAAAGCUGGCGUCAAGCAGCCCGUCUAUGCCACCAUUGGUGCUGGUGUGGUUAACACAGUCUUCACUGUCGUAUCGCUGUUCCUGGUGGAGCGUGCAGGGCGCAGGACUCUUCAUUUGGUCGGCUUGGGAGGCAUGGCUCUCUGUGCCGUUCUCAUGACCAUAGCUUUGACACUUAAGGAUGUCUUGAGCUGGAUUAGCUAUAUCAGCAUCGUUGCCAUCUUUGGCUUUGUGGCCUUUUUUGAAAUUGGCCCUGGUCCUAUUCCCUGGUUCAUUGUGGCUGAACUCUUCAGUCAAGGUCCCCGUCCUGCAGCUGUGGCAGUGGCUGGUUGCUCCAAUUGGACCUCCAAUUUCUUGGUGGGAAUGCUCUUCCCCUAUGCAGAGAAAUUGUGUGGUCCCUAUGUCUUCAUCAUCUUCAUUGUUUUCCUGGUCAUCUUCUUUAUCUUCACCUUCUUCAAAGUCCCAGAGACCAGGGGCAGGACUUUUGAAGACAUCUCCAGGGGCUUUGAAGGACAAGCGGAAGGAAGUGGCAUCAUUGCAGCAGUGGAGAAAAGCCCCAUGGUGGAACUGAAGGGCAUAGAAUCUGCUAAUGAUGUUACCGCAAAUAUUUAACACCCCCCUUCUUGACCCUUUUUCAUUGUUAAAGAAAUAAGUGGAGAAUCUUUCAAGGACUGGGCAGAGAUAUAUGUCAGGAGAAAAUCUAGAACAAUUUAAAAAUUGCUGCUAUUUUAUUCUUCCCCUUGCACCACUCCCUUCCACAUUUCUGCCAAGCCCUGCCAGUGUUAAGAUGGUCUGAAGUGGGGAGGUCUCAUCUGCUUUCAACACUUGAGGUCAUCAGGAGCUACAGCAAAAAUAACCUCAUCUCCACCUGCUAUGCACCUGAGAAGGAGAACAUAUGGGCAAUAUUUUUGCUGCUCUCACCUUUAAUUGCUCCUAGGGAUUAAGAUAUUUUUGUGCAUAGCAACCUCUUAUGUUUUUUAAACUUAUUAUUUUUGUACAGUGAGCUAAAGCAACCAAACAACUCCGCAGUGCCAUCCCUUCCCACUUUUAAUUCAGUUCCACCGUGUGUGUGCAGUAUUACGCUGGAAUUUAAUGUAAUUACCAAAAUGCAAAAAGCCAUCAUGUCAUAUAUACUGUCUGGUGGGUGCCUCAGGAGAAGGGGACCAAGUUACCAGAGAGGGGUUUUUUUACCCCUUUUCUUUUUGUACAGCUAGUCUGAAAGCUCAGUUUUACAUUGGUUUAUUUAUUUGUGUGUCAGUUUAAUUGUAAAUAUUUAUUUUUUUCAAUAUGUAAAAAUAUGUACAAUAAUGAAGAAGAAGAAGAAGAUGUUUAUGAUAUAUAGUUAUUCUAAGAGAUGAUACUGUAGGUUUGAGGUGCAAUAAAACUGUAAAGCAGAAAUGUGGUACUGAAGAGAAAAAAGGGCACUCUGGUUGGUACACGAAAUGGAGUUGAUUAUGCACAGCUCCAUUAAAGGACAUUUCUGUCCUCCAGACACAAAUUAAAAAAAAAAAAAAAGAGUACUAGAGAGAAUAAGCAUGUGACGGUAUUUGUGAAGUUCUUAUGUUCUUCAGGACUUUUUGGUGGCUAUGUUAAAUAACAGUCACAAGGAUUACUUGAAAAUUGAAGUAUUACAGCAAAAGGGCAUUGUUAGUUGACACUAUUUUCAGCCACUAUAAGUUCCUGUGGAGGCUAGGUGAUGAUUUCAGGCCAGACGCUGACGCAUUCAACCCUCUUUUCUUGAAAAUUGGCUUCUCUGUUCCUCUUUUCUAACAGUAAAGGAAGUCUGAAAGAGACAAAUUGUAAUUUAAAGAGAUGUGAGUAUAAAAAAAAUUCCAAAACUGUAUAUUCUUAUCAAUUGUUCCUAUAGUUAAACUUUAGACAAAGGCACGUAGCAUGAACCUUCUGGAUACAGGACUAGUCAUCCAAGACACGUAGGACUCUGUAAAGGUAGAAAUGCAGGAAUAGAGACCAAAGCUCCUGAAACCUGACAGGCGGGCGGAAAGAUGUUUAGUCCAUGGCUAUAGAGUAAAUUUUUGCUACAGGUGCUGGGCUAUCCAUUCUGGAGGCUCCAGGGAAUACUGUAAUGUAUUGUGUUUAUGUAUGUGUGUGUGUGUACACUACUGCCCUCUACUUGAUGGGGUAUGUCAGACACAUUCAGUUAAUAAUGGUCCCUACUCUCAUCUCUUAGUUGCCAGAGGACUGAAAAGUUGCUUUAGCUUAGCAGAGCAAGACUUAGUGCAUAUAAAGAACAGGAGUACUUGUGGCACCUUAGAGACUAACAAAUUUAUUAGAGCAUAAGCUUUCGUGGACAACAGCCCACUUCUUUGGAUGCAUACAGAGUGGAAUAAAUAUUUAUAAAUAUUUAUAAAUUUGUUAGUCUCUAAGGUGCCACAAGUACUCCUGUUCUUUUUACGGAUACAGACUAACACAGCUGCUACUCUGAAACCUGUCAUUAGUGCAUAUAGUACAUUUGAAUCUGAGGGUUGAGAGCUCUGUUUCACUGAAUGGAAUACUCAGUAGGGAGAAGGAAGGAGAGUCCAGUGUGGUUAUGCCCAUUGACACUCCAUCAACAUCUGUGUAGGAAGUCCAAACUCAAACUCCAGCACUGAGCACCUCUGCAUUUUUGGAUUGAAACAAACUCUGGAUCUGAAUUAAUAGAUUGGGUCCAUUUACACCAAAGCUAGAAUCACAUGGCUGGACUUCAUACAACACUGAGCAGGGAAGUUAGUAUGCCUGACCUCGUCAUCUCAUAGCUGGCUAAAGAAAACAAAACUACAACAAUGCUCCCCAAAUCAUCUGAGGGCACAUCUUGUCUAUUGCCCUCAAGAACCACACCCAAGGUUCCUUACCAUAUAUUCUCCAGGGUUUGCUCUAAUCUGAGUUUUAAAUGACUCAAGUGAUGGAGCUUCCACCCCUUCCCUUGUGGACAAUGAUUACAAAGUCCAGUAAAUUUUGCUGCUGGAAAAUAUUUCCUGUGAUUUAACAAGAACAUUUCCCUCGUUGCUCAAUUUCAUCAGACUUCCUCUCCCUCCUUGCUGUUUACGUCUUUCAGAGUUUAUAGACGGUUACACUCCCCUCUUUCAUCAUUUGGCUAAAUUAUACAGAUUUCAUUCCUUUGAUUCUCCUCAUAACUCUGAUCGCUUGAUCAUUUGUGGAAGAUACAGCUUUCUGGUUGUAUGUCUGUACCUAAGGAAAGGAAAUUCUCCUCCAGCUGGGCACUAGAGCAUUCCAUACAGCACAUCAGGGCGUUUGUAUGAUGCCUUGGACUCUCACUCUAUCUUAGUCUGUCUCUUUCUCUCUCUCUCUUUCUCUAUGUCUGCAUUAUGAGUAUUUCUGAAGGGUUUUAUAUGCUUAUUAUUAAUUUGUGAUUGUGUUACAUGUUUCUAAAAUAAAAACGGUGUAUGUAAAUAUUACA